AUGGAAUCAAAGCAAACCAUUACCUUGAAGACCUUCGACAAUAAGCUUUUCGAGAUAGAAGAAGCCGUGGCUAUGGAGAUGAUUACUGUGAAAAGUUUUUUCGAUGAGUUUGCUGAUAAUUCUUCUUCCUCGUCUAAAGCUACCAUAAUUCCUCUCCCUAACGUGUCAUCCGCGUCGCUUUCUUUGAUAAUAACUUACAUCGAGGAUUACUUGAAGUUGAAAUCUAAUCCAACCGAUCUCAAAGCUUAUAAUGCAGAAUUUGUGAAGAAACAAGCUGUAGACAUAAAAGAAUUGAUUUUGGCGGUUAAUUAUCUAAACAUCAAGUAUUUGUUGGAUUUGCUUAGUCAGGCCAUUGCUGAUCAUAUUAAUAACAAGAGCGUCGAAUAUGUUCGUGGCUAUUUUGGGUUUGAGAAUGAUUUUACGCCACAAGAGGAAGCUAGACUUCGCGAGGAGAACGCUUGGGCUUACGAGGGUGUUGAUCAAGAUUAA